GGUGGGGUGCAGGAUGGCGGUGAAAGGAGGGGGCUUUCGGAAGAAAGAGGGAAAUUAGAGGACCUGACUGGCGGUGGAUUCGGUGAAAUUGGCGUGGCACUUGUUGUAGCGAGGCGGAGAAUCGUGGUGAAAGGAGAGUGUGGUCCAGAGGGGACUUUUGGAAGCAAGCAGGGAAAUUGGAGGACAUGACUCUAGUCCUCGAGGAACGCUGGCCAGUGGAGAUGGGCUAUCUAUCUAUGCAGGGGUUCUUAAUUAGGGACUAGAUUCGGAUGAUGGAACUCGAGCAAGUGGGUGUUCAGUACUGUACUUAUUAGCUUAGGACAAAACAUUGCGAUCUGCUCGUACCGAUUGGCCCACUUUCUUCAGUCGCUUAAUUGUUCUUUACGGCGAUGCGGUUGCACACCAUUGGCUGGGAAGAUCGGGCAGGGUCGGUCCUAGGAGCAGUUGCGUCUCUAUUGUCGAGCACAUGAAGUCCGUAGACUGUCACUCCAAGAGCCAACGUCGGAAUGUCAGUUUGCGGCAAUUGUUCACUGUUUUCUUGGAGUGCAGAGAAUUAUUGACGGCUCUUCGGAACAGCUGGAAGGUCCGCUGAGUGUUUCCUGGGGUUUUAACAAAGACAUUCGUUUGCCUUUUCUGACGACAAAGCCCUCCUCUGAGCAGCCUUCCUCCGAAUCGUUUCCCCAAGCCGGCUUGACAUCAUUGUUAUCCCCGUGAGAAUGACGGCCUGAUUAACAUGUUCUGCGUGACUCGCUGAUGAAAACCAUCACGCCGCGGAUUUCGAGGGCAGUGUUUUGACACUCAGUUGUUGAGGUUUUCACGCUCUGAUGUCGAUUGCGCUGUCAAAGGCGAAGAGCAAAGAUCGAUGAUACUCAGUGCCACAGGAACAAGGUGUUGAUCUAGCGGGAUCUUGGCCGACAAGUACUAAGAAGCCCAUAGGGCGUAGGGAAUUUUGAAUCGAGAGGUAGCGAAGAUGGGUUGGGUGACUAAAGCCUCGCAAAGUUUGGAAAGCGUUCCUCUGAACGGCGAGACUCCUCCAGCCGAUGUCGGAAAUUUGGCUUACCUCGUGUUUUUCUCCCUGGGAGCAGCCGUAUUAUUGCCAUGGAACGCGUACAUUUCAGCCGUGGACUAUUUCGAUUACCUCUAUCCUGGAACUCACAUCGACAGGGUGUUUGCCGUCGUUUACAUGUUUCCCUGCCUCAUCGUGCUGCUGUAUCUAACUCUGAACGGCCAACAUUACACAACCUCGUUUCGGGUGAAUGGCGGCCUUGCUCUUUACUUGCUUGCGGUGGUACUUGUACCUUUAAUGGAUACCCUUUUCAUCAAGGACGCUGGUAGCACGUUCACACAUUACGCGACAGUAGCGUCGCUUGCAUUGACAGGAGUGGCUGAUGCUUUAGUACAAGGAAGCGUCAUAGGAGCAGCGGGUGAACUGCCAGAGCGGUACAUGCAAGCUUUUGUUGCCGGAACGGCAGCUUGCAGUGUCCUGGUUUCUGCACUGCGGAUCGUGACGAAGGCGGCCUUUCCAGCAACAAUAGAUGGGCUGAGAAUGAGUGCCAAUCUCUACUUCGUCGUCAGCGGGUGCUUCCUUGCCUUCUGCAUAGUAGCCUACAACUUAGCCCACAAAUUGCCCAUCUUGAUUUACUACCGGAACGUGAAAAUUGCGGCAAUGGCAGACCAGACCUUUGCGUUCGAAGUGCACUCGAAGUCCGACUUGGCUCCCGAGGAAGCUAGGGCACUGCUGCCCAAACCAUCUUCAGCAGUAACCUUCGGCCUGAACAACGACACCGCCUUGUUUGUGCUCUCACACAUUCGCUGGCUUGUUACUGCGAUGGUGCUCAUGUACGUCGUAACGCUCUCCAUCUUCCCGGGAUUUUUAGCCGAAGAUGUGCACUCACUCGCCUUGGGAGAUUGGUACCCAAUUUUGCUCAUUGGUGCGUUUAAUGUAUUCGACCUCGUGGGCAAAAGUGCCACGGCUGUGUACAUUCUGGACUCGAACACGUCCAUCGUCGGCGGAACAUUCGGGAGGUUGAUCUUCUUCCCAUUGUAUUAUGUGUGCCUGCAUGGACCCAAGUCCUUCCGCACGGAGAUACCCGUGUUCACGCUGACCUCUCUGUUCGGACUGACAAAUGGUUACUUCUCGUCUUGUCUUCUCAUCGUCGCCCCUAAAGCAGUCCCAUACGCUGCAGCAGAGACGGCAGGGAUGGUUAUGACUAUCGCUCUUAUUACAGGACUGGCCAUUGGAUCCGUGGUUAGCUUUGUGUGGAUUGUCUAGACUGUUCUGUGGUUAGGCAGUUUUUAAUCGCAAAUACACGUGACAUUGUGCAUCUUAUGCACGUCGCGGUGAUUACCCUUUUCGAAAUCAGGUCGUAAUUGAGCAAAUGCACUGAAUCAGUCACAUUCUGGUUCUUGCUGUUGCUGUGUCUCGAAGAUGAUGCUGAUAGGAAAUUUGGGCAACUGAUGAAAACCUCUUCCAUGUAUGUACCUUACUAGCACCGGCUCUACCUCUUGCUAAACAUACGUUUUGAUAUCCUGAUUAUAAAUUCAAUUCAAUUCAU